AUGCCACGUGUCCUCCGCCGCCGUCUCGCCCGCGUCCCGCUGCCACGGCCCGCGAGCCCACGGCCGGCCCGCCCCGGGCUGCACCGGGCCCGCGCGCCCCGCCGCCCGCCGAUGCGCCCCGCCUCAAGCGCCGUCGCGCCGCCGCCUCGGGCGUCGCCGCGCCUCUCCGCCGCCUCGCGGCCGUCCGCCGCCCGUCUCCUCGCCGCUGCCUCGCGCGCCCGCCUCCUCCGCCGGCGCCGCCGCACCCCGCCGCCCUCCACCGCGCCGGCGCCCGCCCUCCGCCUGCGCCUCGCCGCCGCCGUCCCACAGCAGCAGCAUGCGAGCAGGGUCGCGGGCGAGCGGGCGGCCGCAGGGUUGCUCGUGGGCGUGGCCAGGGAGUGUCCUGGAGAAGCAGUGUGCGCGCGGGGCAUGUCGGCAGCACGGCCAGGGGCCCGCGAAGGUGCAGCCAUGGGGCACGGCGAGGGCGCGGUCAACGGCGUGAGGGCGCGAGCAUCUACAGCGCGGGGCCAGCGAAGGCGAGGAGCGGGCGACUGCGGGCAGGCGGCAGUGGCAGAAGUGGCGGGCAACGGUUGGCAUAGAGCGGCCAAGGCGCAGACAAGAUGA